CCAGUGAAGUAUAAUACAUGACCUUGGCAGUGUGGUAGCAGUUGCCUCCACUAACCCCAUCAGGACAGGGACAACUGAGUGACCAUGAGAGGAGUCAGGAUGCUGCUUGAAUGGGUGAUACCAUGGUUCAUCCUCAGCCUCAGACUAUCAGCAGCCACCACCGUUAUGGUUCAGACAGUGACCAAAAUGCCAAUAGUUACAGAGCUGAGAUCCUCUCACAAUGGCCAGUUGUGCAGCAUAUGGGGAAACUACCACUUCAAGACUUUCGAUGGAGAUUUCUUCGAUCUUCCAUUCACUUGCAACUACAUCCUGGCGCACCAGUGUAAAGGCAGCUAUGACAGUUUUAACAUUCAGCUCCAGCGACAGGACAUAAAUGGUGUUAUCACUGUUCAGAAAGUCUUGAUGAAGCUGGAUGUAGUUUUGGUGGAAUUAACCAGCACUUCCAUUAAAGUCAAUGACAACCCUGUCGAUAUGCCAUUCAGCCAGACUGGCAUUUCAAUAGUAAAAACUGCUGAGUCCUAUGUUCAAAUCGAGGCAAAUCUGGGUUUGGUCAUCAUGUGGAAUCAAAAAGAUUCCCUCUGGAUCGAGCUGGAUGCAAAAUUCAAGAAUCAAACCUGUGGCUUGUGUGGCGACUUCAAUGGAAUCCAGAUUCAUGAUGAGUUCAUUCAAUCAGGGGAUUCUGUAAAUCUUGAACUGUAUGCAGCGCGGUGGAAAGUCAAUGGUCCCACUGACAACUGUGAAGAAACAGCCUCUUUAGCCAAACAGACUUGUGCAAAGCAGACAAAGACCUGUGAGAGCCUGCUUACUGGACCUGCAUUCCUCAGCUGUCAAGACCUGAUUGACACCGACUCCUUCAUUAAAGCCUGUGAGGAAGACUUGUGCUACUGUAGCAGCAAUACUUCAUGCUUGUGUUCGACAAUAUCAGAAUACUCCCGACAGUGUUCUCAUGCUGGCGGGAGCCCACAGCAGUGGAAGACCACACAACUAUGCGCAAAAACAUGCCCCUUCAACAUGGAGUAUAAAGAAUGUGGUAAUCCGUGUACUGACACCUGCAGCAACCCUCGGGGAAGCCAAACGUGUGAUGAACACUGCACAGAUGGAUGCUUCUGUCCAUCUGGGACCGUCUUUGAUGACAUUACACAAAGUGGGUGUGUCGCUGUGAACCAGUGCUCCUGCUUGCACAACGGUCAGCGAUACGACCCUGGGGAAUCCUACUCAAAAGCCUGUCAAAACUGCACCUGUUCUCGGGGUCAGUGGAACUGUCAGGAUGUGGACUGUCCUGGUGUCUGCUCCGUCCGUGGCGGCUCUCACUUCUCCACCUUUGACGAUAAAAUGUACACUUUCCAUGGUCACUGCUCCUAUGUGCUCGCCAAGGAUACUAAUGGGACUUUCAGUGUCCUUGGGGACUUGGUUGAAUGUGAAAAAUCAAACAGGGCAACUUGCCUGACAACAAUCACUCUACGACUGCGAGAAAACACGAUGUUUGUAGUCGAAGCCAGUGGGCAGGUUUUACACAACAAACAGGUCUCCCAGCUUCCAUUUUUCACGGAUGAAGUCACAGUCUUCAAACCAUCUACAUUCUUUGUUGUAAUCAACACCACCUUCGGGCUUCAUCUUGAGAUUCAGCUCGUACCAACCAUGCAGGUCUACAUCAAAGCCAGCACUUCCAUUAAAGGAAAACUCAGCGGUCUUUGUGGAAAUUUUAAUGAUGUUGAAAGUGAUGACCUCAGAGCAAGAAACGGACUGAUUGAGGGAACAGCUGUGACAUUUGCCAACACGUGGAAGACCAAAACAAGCUGCCCUGAUGUGACAGAUGUAGUUGCACACCCCUGCGAUUUGAGUGCAGACAGAGAACAAUAUGCCAAGCACUGGUGCUCCAUGCUGUCAGACCCAGAUGGGAUUUUUUCAGAAUGCCAUUCUGAAGUAAACCCCGAAGACUAUCAAGACUCUUGUAUUUAUGACAGCUGUGCCUGCGAAAAGAGUGAGGAGUGCAUGUGUGCUGCCAUUUCCUCCUAUGUCCAUGCAUGUGCUGCUGAAGGUGUCAUCCUGGAAGAAUGGAGGGCCAGCAUAUGCGACAAUUACACAGAAGUCUGUCCUUCUAAUUUUGUGUACGACUACCAGAUGACAAGCUGCGGUCGCACCUGCCGCUCUCUCAGCCAGUCAGAUUUAACAUGUGAGGUUAACUUUACCCCUCUUGAUGGCUGCGGCUGUGCUGAGGGAACUUAUCUAAACGAGAAGGGAGAGUGUGUGUUGGCCAAACGGUGCUCCUGUCAUGUCGGUGACAUGGUUGUGCGCUCUGGGCAUGUCAUCACGGUGCAUGGACAAACUUGCUUCUGUCAUGGUGGAAGAUUGGACUGUAAAGGAAGCCACAUAAGUGAAACAUGCACUGCUCCAAUGGUUUUAUUCAACUGCUCAAACGCAAAGCCAGGUGACACAGGAUCCGAGUGCCUAAACAGCUGCCAGACACUGGACACAGAAUGUGUCAGUACACAGUGUAUCUCAGGCUGCGUAUGUCCUGAAGGCCUGCUGUCAGAUGGUAAAGGAGGCUGUAUAAAGGAGGAACACUGCCCAUGUCUGCAUAAUGGAGAAUCCUAUAAUCCUGGACAAUCAAUCACUGUGAGAUGCAACACAUGCACAUGCAAAAACAGACAAUGGGAAUGUACAGCUCACGAGUGUGAUGAAACCUGUACUAUAUAUGGAGCGGGGCAUUACACCACUUUUGAUGACAAGAAAUUUAGCUUUAAUGGGGACUGUGACUACAUCGUCUCUCAGGAUUAUUGCGGAGAUGAUGACAAAGGCUCCUUCAAGCUGCUGACUAAGAACGUCCCCUGUGAAACCACUGGAAACAUUUGCUCCAUGAAAAUCAAGCUCUACUUAGGGAAUAAUGAAAUUCUUCUGUCAGAAGAAAAUGCCAAAGUUAUCAAACAAAGCAAAGGGGAGGACAUACCCUUUAAAUUCCACUCUGUGGGUUUAUAUAUUGUCAUUGAGGCAGAGAAUGGUCUUGUUGUCAUUUGGAAUAAGAAGACAACACUCAUGAUCAGACUCAGCAGCAAAUUCAAGGGCAAAGUCUGCGGCCUGUGUGGGAAUUACGAUGGGAAAAUCAAGAAUGAUUUGACCACAAGAAACAAAGAAGUGGUAGUUAAACCGCUUGACUUUGGAAACAGUUGGAAAGUGCAAACUAAAUGCCCAAAUGCAAAGACUCAACAAAAUCCCUGCAGUCUCUACUCAGAUAGGAUGGCAUGGGCAACUAAAAAGUGCAGCAUUAUCACGAGUGACGUAUUUGCUGCCUGCCAUUCAAAGGUGGAAAAAGAACACUAUUAUGAUGCUUGUGUGAGAGACUCAUGUGCCUGCAAUUCGGGGGGAGACUGUGAGUGUUUCUGUUCCGCUGUAGCCGCCUACGCAGCAGCCUGUAAUGAGGCCGGAGCCUGUGUGAAAUGGAGAACACCCACAAUCUGCCCUCUAUUCUGUGAUUUUUACAACCCUGAUGGAGAGUGUGAAUGGCACUAUCAGCCUUGUGGAAAAAAAUGCAUGAAGACAUGCAGGAAUCCAUCAGGAAACUGCUACAAUCAACUUCCAGCAUUAGAAGGUUGCUAUCCAACUUGCCCGCCUGAACAAUCUUAUUUUGAAGAAGUUUCUAUGAAGUGUGUAUCAAAGGAGGAAUGUGGCUGCUAUGAUGAUGAAGGGAAGCAUUAUAAAGAAGGGGACCCCAUGCCAUCAAAGAACUGUCAGAGCUGUUCUUGCAACUCGACAACCAGGGUGUGCAGCAAUGAUGUCCAAAAAUGUUUUUGUUUAUAUAAUGGGCAAACAUACCACUAUGGAAAAACAGUCUAUGAUACCCACGAUGGAGAUGGAACCUGUAUCACUGCUGUUUGUGGAGAAAAUGGAAAUAUUAUCAGAGACAUGAAACCUUGCACUACUACUGCUCCAACAACUACAACAAUUUUUGUCUUUAGCACAACCGAAAUACCCAUUACAACAACUCGAAAGACUCCUAAUGUUACAACUGAGGCUGUUACAACUGCUUUGACCUUCUCAACACCAGUGUCCAAAACAACAACAUUGCCAUCAUUCUCGACAACUCUAUCUACAGAAAAACCUCAAAAAACCACCGUUGCUACAGGAAAACCUACCACAAUACCCACAACAACCGCUGAAUCCACAACAAUCACAGAAAAUCCCUCUGGAACAACAGCAGAAACAACCACUACAGUUACAGAAAACACUAGCACAACAACAACUACAGAAAAACCUACCACAACAACCUUGGAAGCUGUUACAAACACAGUACAAUACAGUACUACAGCAGCACAAUCAACCAAACCUCUUGUUGAAAUUACAACUACAACAGUCACAGAAAAACCCUCUGGAACAACAGAGGCAGCAACAACGGCAAGACCUUCCACAACAUUCACAAUCACAGAAAGACCCACUACCACUACAUCUUUUGAAUCCACAACAGAAAAGCCCUCUGGAACAACAGCAGCAACAACCACCACAACAAAACAUGCAGCAACAACCACAGUCCCAGAAAAAACCACUACCGCUACAACUUUUGAAUCCACAACAGUCACCGAAAGGUCCCCUGAAACAACAGAGGCAACAACCACCAUAAUAAUCACAGAAACAUCAACAACUGCUGGCUGCAUUGUUUGUACAUGGACAAAAUGGAUGACCAACAGUUACCCUGUCUUUGGUGCAGGUGGUGGAGAAUAUGAAACCAUUCAAAGCAUUACUUAUCCAGAUCUGAGUCUUUGUACAAAACCCCUGGAAAUACAAUGUAGAGCUGCAAAUUACAAAGAUGUACCUUUGAAGGACCUAGGGCAAAAAGUAACAUGUAGUCCAACAACUGGACUGAUCUGUCAUAACAAUGAACAAUCCCCACCCAUAUGUUUUGACUAUGAAAUACGAAUCAAGUGUUGCCGUGACAUAUGUGGGAAGAGCACAACACACAUAAUACCCACAACAACCCUUGAAUCAACAACAGUCAUAGAAAAGCAACCUACAACAACCACUACAACCAGAGAAAAGCCCAUUGCCACGACAACUCUUGAAUCCACAACAGAAACGCCUCAUACAACAAUAGCAGAAACAACCACCACAGUCCCCGAAAAAUCCACCACAACUACAGCAACUGCAAAACCUACCACAACAACCACAAUCACAGGGAAACCCAGUACCACUACAUCUCUUGAAUCCACAACAGUCACAGAAAAGCCCUCUGGAACAACAGGAGCAACAACCACCACAAAGCCUGCCACAACAACAACCAUAGUCACUGAAAAACCCACCACAACUACAGCGACCGCAAAACCUUUGACAACAACGACAAUCACAGAGAAACCUACUGCCACUACAACUUUUGAAUCCACAACAGUCACAGAAAAGCCCUCUGGAACAACAGCAGAAACAACCACUACAGUAACAGAAAACACUAGCACAACAACAACUACAGAAAAACCUACCACAACAACCUUGGAAGUUGUUACAAACACAGUACAAUACAGUACUACAGCAGCACAAUCAGCAAAACCUCUUGUUGAAAUUACAACUACAACAGUCACAGAAAAACCCUCUGGAACAACAGCAGCAGUAACAACGGCAAGACCUUCCACAACAUCCACAAUCACAGAAAGACCCACUACCACUACAUCUCUUGAAUCCACAACAGUCACAGAAAAGCCCUCAGGAACAACAGAGGCAACAACCACUGCAAAACUUGUCACAACAACCACAAUCACAGAAAAACCCAGCACUACUACAACCCUUGAAUCCACAACAGAAAAACUCUUUGGAACAACAGCAGCAACAACUAUGGCAAAACUUGCCACAACAAUCACAGAAAAACCCACAACCACUACAGUGACUGCAAAACCUUCCACAACAACCACAAUCACAGAAAAUCCCAGUACCACUACCUCUCUUGAAUCCACAACAGAAAAUCCCACCACCGCUACAACCCUUGAAUCCACACCUGUCACAGAAAAGUCUCUCAAAACAACAGAGGCAACAGCCACUGUGAAACCCACCACAACAACCACAAUCACAGAAAGUCCCACUACCACUACAACCCUUGAAUCCACAACAGAAAAACUCUCUGGAACAACAGCAGCAACAACCACCGCAAAACUUGCCACAACAACCACAAUCACAGAAAAACCCACUACCGCUACAACCCUUGAAUCCACACCUGUCACAGAAAAGUCUCUCGAAACAACAGAGGCAACAGCCACCGCAAAACCGACCACAACAACCACAAUCACAGAAAGUCCCACUACAACCCUUGAAUCCACAACAGAAAAACUCUUUGGAACAACAGCAGCAACAACCAUGGCAAAACUUGCCACAACUACAAUCACAGAAAAACCCACAACCACUACAGUGACUGCAAAACCUUCCACAACAACCACAAUCACAGAAAAACCCAGUACCACUACAUCUCUUGAAUCCACAACGGAAAAACCCACUACCACGACAAGUCUUGAAUCCACAACUGUCACAGAAAAGGUCUCUGGAACAACAGCAGCAACAACCACCGCAAAACUUGCCACAACAACCACAAUCACAGAAAAACCCACUACCGCUACAACCCUUGAAUCCACACCUGUCACAGAAAAGUCUCUCGAAACAACAGAGGCAACAGCCACUGCGAAACCGACCACAACAACCACAAUCACAGGGAAACCCAGUACCACUACAUCUCUUGAAUCCACAACAGUCACAGAAAAGCCCUCUGGAACAACAGGAGCAACAACCACCACAAAGCCUGCCACAACAACAACCAUAGUCACUGAAAAACCCACCACAACUACAGCGACCGCAAAACCUUUGACAACAACGACAAUCACAGAGAAACCUACUGCCACUACAACUUUUGAAUCCACAACAGUCACAGAAAAGCCCUCUGGAACAACAGCAGAAACAACCACUACAGUAACAGAAAACACUAGCACAACAACAACUACAGAAAAACCUACCACAACAACCUUGGAAGUUGUUACAAACACAGUACAAUACAGUACUACAGCAGCACAAUCAGCAAAACCUCUUGUUGAAAUUACAACUACAACAGUCACAGAAAAACCCUCUGGAACAACAGCAGCAGUAACAACGGCAAGACCUUCCACAACAUCCACAAUCACAGAAAGACCCACUACCACUACAUCUCUUGAAUCCACAACAGUCACAGAAAAGCCCUCAGGAACAACAGAGGCAACAACCACUGCAAAACUUGUCACAACAACCACAAUCACAGAAAAACCCAGCACUACUACAACCCUUGAAUCCACAACAGAAAAACUCUUUGGAACAACAGCAGCAACAACUAUGGCAAAACUUGCCACAACAAUCACAGAAAAACCCACAACCACUACAGUGACUGCAAAACCUUCCACAACAACCACAAUCACAGAAAAUCCCAGUACCACUACCUCUCUUGAAUCCACAACAGAAAAUCCCACCACCGCUACAACCCUUGAAUCCACACCUGUCACAGAAAAGUCUCUCAAAACAACAGAGGCAACAGCCACUGUGAAACCCACCACAACAACCACAAUCACAGAAAGUCCCACUACCACUACAACCCUUGAAUCCACAACAGAAAAACUCUCUGGAACAACAGCAGCAACAACCACCGCAAAACUUGCCACAACAACCACAAUCACAGAAAAACCCACUACCGCUACAAUCCUUGAAUCCACACCUGUCACCGAAAAGUCUCUCGAAACAACAGAGGCAACAGCCACUGCGAAACCGACCACAACAACCACAAUCACAGAAAGUCCCACUACCACCACAACCCUUGAAUCCACAACAGAAAAACUCUCUGGAGCAACAGCAGCAACAACCACCGCAAAACUUGCCACAACAACCACAAUCACAGAAAAACCCACUACCGCUACAACCCUUGAAUCCACACCUGUCACAGAAAAGUCUCUCGAAACAACAGAGGCAACAGCCACCGCAAAACCGACCACAACAACCACAAUCACAGAAAGUCCCACUACAAACCUUGAAUCCACAACAGAAAAACUCUUUGGAACAACAGCAGCAACAACCAUGGCAAAACUUGCCACAACUACAAUCACAGAAAAACCCACAACCACUACAGUGACUGCAAAACCUUCCACAACAACCACAAUCACAGAAAAACCCAGUACCACUACAUCUCUUGAAUCCACAACGGAAAAACCCACUACCACGACAAGUCUUGAAUCCACAACUGUCACAGAAAAGGUCUCUGGAACAACAGCAGCAACAACCACCGCAAAACUUGCCACAACAACCACAAUCACAGAAAAACCCACUACCGCUACAACCCUUGAAUCCACACCUGUCACAGAAAAGUCUCUCGAAACAACAGAGGCAACAGCCACUGCGAAACCGACCACAACAACCACAAUCACAGGGAAACCCAGUACCACUACAUCUCUUGAAUCCACAACAGUCACAGAAAAGCCCUCUGGAACAACAGGAGCAACAACCACCACAAAGCCUGCCACAACAACAACCAUAGUCACUGAAAAACCCACCACAACUACAGCGACCGCAAAACCUUUGACAACAACGACAAUCACAGAGAAACCUACUGCCACUACAACUUUUGAAUCCACAACAGUCACAGAAAAGCCCUCUGGAACAACAGGAGCAACAACCACCACAAAGCCUGCCACAACAACAACCAUAGUCACUGAAAAACCCACCACAACUACAGCGACCGCAAAACCUUUGACAACAACGACAAUCACAGAGAAACCUACUGCCACUACAACUUUUGAAUCCACAACAGUCACAGAAAAGCCCUCUGGAACAACAGCAGAAACAACCACUACAGUAACAGAAAACACUAGCACAACAACAACUACAGAAAAACCUACCACAACAACCUUGGAAGUUGUUACAAACACAGUACAAUACAGUACUACAGCAGCACAAUCAGCAAAACCUCUUGUUGAAAUUACAACUACAACAGUCACAGAAAAACCCUCUGGAACAACAGCAGCAGUAACAACGGCAAGACCUUCCACAACAUCCACAAUCACAGAAAGACCCACUACCACUACAUCUCUUGAAUCCACAACAGUCACAGAAAAGCCCUCAGGAACAACAGAGGCAACAACCACUGCAAAACUUGUCACAACAACCACAAUCACAGAAAAACCCAGCACUACUACAACCCUUGAAUCCACAACAGAAAAACUCUUUGGAACAACAGCAGCAACAACUAUGGCAAAACUUGCCACAACAAUCACAGAAAAACCCACAACCACUACAGUGACUGCAAAACCUUCCACAACAACCACAAUCACAGAAAAUCCCAGUACCACUACCUCUCUUGAAUCCACAACAGAAAAUCCCACCACCGCUACAACCCUUGAAUCCACACCUGUCACAGAAAAGUCUCUCAAAACAACAGAGGCAACAGCCACUGUGAAACCCACCACAACAACCACAAUCACAGAAAGUCCCACUACCACUACAACCCUUGAAUCCACAACAGAAAAACUCUCUGGAACAACAGCAGCAACAACCACCGCAAAACUUGCCACAACAACCACAAUCACAGAAAAACCCACUACCGCUACAAUCCUUGAAUCCACACCUGUCACCGAAAAGUCUCUCGAAACAACAGAGGCAACAGCCACUGCGAAACCGACCACAACAACCACAAUCACAGAAAGUCCCACUACCACCACAACCCUUGAAUCCACAACAGAAAAACUCUCUGGAGCAACAGCAGCAACAACCACCGCAAAACUUGCCACAACAACCACAAUCACAGAAAAACCCACUACCGCUACAACCCUUGAAUCCACACCUGUCACAGAAAAGUCUCUCGAAACAACAGAGGCAACAGCCACCGCAAAACCGACCACAACAACCACAAUCACAGAAAGUCCCACUACAAACCUUGAAUCCACAACAGAAAAACUCUUUGGAACAACAGCAGCAACAACCAUGGCAAAACUUGCCACAACUACAAUCACAGAAAAACCCACAACCACUACAGUGACUGCAAAACCUUCCACAACAACCACAAUCACAGAAAAACCCAGUACCACUACAUCUCUUGAAUCCACAACGGAAAAACCCACUACCACGACAAGUCUUGAAUCCACAACUGUCACAGAAAAGGUCUCUGGAACAACAGCAGCAACAACCACCGCAAAACUUGCCACAACAACCACAAUCACAGAAAAACCCACUACCGCUACAACCCUUGAAUCCACACCUGUCACAGAAAAGUCUCUCGAAACAACAGAGGCAACAGCCACUGCGAAACCGACCACAACAACCACAAUCACAGAAAGUCCCACUACCACUACAACCCUUGAAUCUACAACAGAAAAACUCUUUGGAACAACAGCAGCAACAACCAUGGCAAAACUUGCCACAACUACAAUCACAGAAAAACCCACAACCACUACAGUGACUGCAAAACCUUCCACAACAACCACAAUCACAGAAAAACCCAGUACCACUACAUCUCUUGAAUCCACAACAGAAAAACCCACUACCACGACAAGUCUUGAAUCCACAACUGUCACAGAAAAGGUCUCUGGAACAACAGCAGCAACAACCACCGCAAAACUUGCCACAACAACCACAAUCACAGAAAAACCCACUACCGCUACAACCCUUGAAUCCACACCUGUCACAGAAAAGUCUCUCGAAACAACAGAGGCAACAGCCACUGCGAAACCGACCACAACAACCACAAUCACAGAAAGUCCCACUACCACUACAACCCUUGAAUCCACAACAGAAAAACUCUCUGGAACAACAGCAGCAACAACCACGGCAAAACUUGCCACAACUACAAUCACAGAAAAACCCACUACCACUACAGUGACUGCAAGACCUUCCACAACAACCACAAUCACAGAAAGUCCCACUACCACUACAUCACUUGAAUCCACAACAGUCACAGAAAAGCCCUCUGGAACAACAGCAGAAACAACCACAGCCCAACCUCCCACAACCACCACAGUAACAGAAAAACCCUCCACAACAAAGUCCACUCUUGAAACUACUACUGUGACGCCUUCAUCUAUUCAGUCUUCAACACCAGGCAGAACAACUGUUUGUUUAUGCGUCUACAACGGUGCAACAUUCUUUCCUGGUAAGCAAUGUGCUGUUGUUGUCAUUUGCUGUUUAUAUUGUCACUGCAAUAUUUUUGUCAUCUCCACAAGGGUUCUUCAAAAAAAUUCUCAGCAUCACCCAGAAACAGAGGCCGUACUCCCAUUUGGGGGCCUAACUGCACAUUACACCACAAGACCUUCGACAACAACGACAAUCACAGAAAAACCUACUGCCACUACAACUUUUGAAUCCACAACAGUCACAGAAAAGCCCUCUGGAACAACAGCAGAAACAACCACUACAGUAACAGAAAACACUAGCACAACAACAACUACAGAAAAACCUACCACAACAACCUUGGAAGUUGUUACAAACACAGUACAAUACAGUACUACAGCAGCACAAUCAGCAAAACCUCUUGUUGAAAUUACAACUACAACAGUCACAGAAAAACCCUCUGGAACAACAGCAGCAGGAACAACGGCAACACCUUCCACAACAACCACAAUCACAGAAAGACCCACUACUACUACAUCUUUUGAAUCCACAACAGAAAAACCCUUUGGAACAACAGUAGCAACAACCACCAAAACAAAACCUGCAGCAACAACCACAGUCCCAGGAAAAACCACUACCGCUACAACUUUUGAAUCCACAACAGUCACAGAAAAGCCCCCUGGAACAACAGGAGCAACAACUACCACAAAACCUGCCACAACAACAACCACAGUCACCGAAAAACCCACCACAACUACAGCGACCGCAAAACUUUCCACAACAACUACAAUCACAGAAAUAAACACUACCACUACAUCUUUUGAAUCCACAACAGAAAAGCCCUCUGGAAAAACAGCAGCAACAACCACCGCAAGACCUUCCACAACAACGACAAUCACAGAAAAACCUACUGCCACUACAACUUUUGAAUCCACAACAGUCACCGAAAAGUCCCCUGAAACAACAGAGGCAACAACCACCAUAAUAAUCACAGAAACAUCAACAACUGCUGGCUGCAUUGUUUGUACAUGGACGAAAUGGAUGAACAACAGUUACCCUGUCUUUGGUGCAGGUGGUGGAGAAUAUGAAACCAUUCAAAGCAUUACUUAUCCAGAUCUGAGUCUUUGUACAAAACCCCUGGAAAUACAAUGUAGAGCUGCAAAUUACAAAGAUGUACCUUUGAAGGACCUAGGGCAAAAAGUAACAUGUAGUCCAACAACUGGACUGAUCUGUCAUAACAAUGAACAAUUCCCACCCGUAUGUUUUGACUAUGAAAUACGAAUCAAGUGUUGCCGUGACAUAUGUGGGACGAGCACAACACACAUAACACCCACAACAACCCUUGAAUCAACAACAGUCAUAGAAAAGCAACCUACAACAACCACUACAACCAGAGAAAAGCCCAUUGCCACGACAACUCUUGAAUCCACAACAGAAACGCCUCAUACAACAAUAGCAGAAACAACCACCACAGUCCCCGAAAAAUCCACCACAACUACAGCAACUGCAAAACCUACCACAACAACCACAAUCACAGGGAAACCCAGUACCACUACAUCUCUUGAAUCCACAACAGUCACAGAAAAGCCCUCUGGAACAACAGGAGCAACAACCACCACAAAGCCUGCCACAACAACAACCAUAGUCACUGAAAAACCCACCACAACUACAGCGACCGCAAAACCUUUGACAACAACGACAAUCACAGAGAAACCUACUGCCACUACAACUUUUGAAUCCACAACAGUCACAGAAAAGCCCUCUGGAACAACAGCAGAAACAACCACUACAGUAACAGAAAACACUAGCACAACAACAACUACAGAAAAACCUACCACAACAACCUUGGAAGUUGUUACAAACACAGUACAAUACAGUACUACAGCAGCACAAUCAGCAAAACCUCUUGUUGAAAUUACAACUACAACAGUCACAGAAAAACCCUCUGGAACAACAGCAGCAGUAACAACGGCAAGACCUUCCACAACAUCCACAAUCACAGAAAGACCCACUACCACUACAUCUCUUGAAUCCACAACAGUCACAGAAAAGCCCUCAGGAACAACAGAGGCAACAACCACUGCAAAACUUGUCACAACAACCACAAUCACAGAAAAACCCAGCACUACUACAACCCUUGAAUCCACAACAGAAAAACUCUUUGGAACAACAGCAGCAACAACUAUGGCAAAACUUGCCACAACAAUCACAGAAAAACCCACAACCACUACAGUGACUGCAAAACCUUCCACAACAACCACAAUCACAGAAAAUCCCAGUACCACUACCUCUCUUGAAUCCACAACAGAAAAUCCCACCACCGCUACAACCCUUGAAUCCACACCUGUCACAGAAAAGUCUCUCAAAACAACAGAGGCAACAGCCACUGUGAAACCCACCACAACAACCACAAUCACAGAAAGUCCCACUACCACUACAACCCUUGAAUCCACAACAGAAAAACUCUCUGGAACAACAGCAGCAACAACCACCGCAAAACUUGCCACAACAACCACAAUCACAGAAAAACCCACUACCGCUACAACCCUUGAAUCCACACCUGUCACAGAAAAGUCUCUCGAAACAACAGAGGCAACAGCCACCGCAAAACCGACCACAACAACCACAAUCACAGAAAGUCCCACUACAACCCUUGAAUCCACAACAGAAAAACUCUUUGGAACAACAGCAGCAACAACCAUGGCAAAACUUGCCACAACUACAAUCACAGAAAAACCCACAACCACUACAGUGACUGCAAAACCUUCCACAACAACCACAAUCACAGAAAAACCCAGUACCACUACAUCUCUUGAAUCCACAACGGAAAAACCCACUACCACGACAAGUCUUGAAUCCACAACUGUCACAGAAAAGGUCUCUGGAACAACAGCAGCAACAACCACCGCAAAACUUGCCACAACAACCACAAUCACAGAAAAACCCACUACCGCUACAACCCUUGAAUCCACACCUGUCACAGAAAAGUCUCUCGAAACAACAGAGGCAACAGCCACUGCGAAACCGACCACAACAACCACAAUCACAGGGAAACCCAGUACCACUACAUCUCUUGAAUCCACAACAGUCACAGAAAAGCCCUCUGGAACAACAGGAGCAACAACCACCACAAAGCCUGCCACAACAACAACCAUAGUCACUGAAAAACCCACCACAACUACAGCGACCGCAAAACCUUUGACAACAACGACAAUCACAGAGAAACCUACUGCCACUACAACUUUUGAAUCCACAACAGUCACAGAAAAGCCCUCUGGAACAACAGCAGAAACAACCACUACAGUAACAGAAAACACUAGCACAACAACAACUACAGAAAAACCUACCACAACAACCUUGGAAGUUGUUACAAACACAGUACAAUACAGUACUACAGCAGCACAAUCAGCAAAACCUCUUGUUGAAAUUACAACUACAACAGUCACAGAAAAACCCUCUGGAACAACAGCAGCAGUAACAACGGCAAGACCUUCCACAACAUCCACAAUCACAGAAAGACCCACUACCACUACAUCUCUUGAAUCCACAACAGUCACAGAAAAGCCCUCAGGAACAACAGAGGCAACAACCACUGCAAAACUUGUCACAACAACCACAAUCACAGAAAAACCCAGCACUACUACAACCCUUGAAUCCACAACAGAAAAACUCUUUGGAACAACAGCAGCAACAACUAUGGCAAAACUUGCCACAACAAUCACAGAAAAACCCACAACCACUACAGUGACUGCAAAACCUUCCACAACAACCACAAUCACAGAAAAUCCCAGUACCACUACCUCUCUUGAAUCCACAACAGAAAAUCCCACCACCGCUACAACCCUUGAAUCCACACCUGUCACAGAAAAGUCUCUCAAAACAACAGAGGCAACAGCCACUGUGAAACCCACCACAACAACCACAAUCACAGAAAGUCCCACUACCACUACAACCCUUGAAUCCACAACAGAAAAACUCUCUGGAACAACAGCAGCAACAACCACCGCAAAACUUGCCACAACAACCACAAUCACAGAAAAACCCACUACCGCUACAAUCCUUGAAUCCACACCUGUCACCGAAAAGUCUCUCGAAACAACAGAGGCAACAGCCACUGCGAAACCGACCACAACAACCACAAUCACAGAAAGUCCCACUACCACCACAACCCUUGAAUCCACAACAGAAAAACUCUCUGGAGCAACAGCAGCAACAACCACCGCAAAACUUGCCACAACAACCACAAUCACAGAAAAACCCACUACCGCUACAACCCUUGAAUCCACACCUGUCACAGAAAAGUCUCUCGAAACAACAGAGGCAACAGCCACCGCAAAACCGACCACAACAACCACAAUCACAGAAAGUCCCACUACAAACCUUGAAUCCACAACAGAAAAACUCUUUGGAACAACAGCAGCAACAACCAUGGCAAAACUUGCCACAACUACAAUCACAGAAAAACCCACAACCACUACAGUGACUGCAAAACCUUCCACAACAACCACAAUCACAGAAAAACCCAGUACCACUACAUCUCUUGAAUCCACAACGGAAAAACCCACUACCACGACAAGUCUUGAAUCCACAACUGUCACAGAAAAGGUCUCUGGAACAACAGCAGCAACAACCACCGCAAAACUUGCCACAACAACCACAAUCACAGAAAAACCCACUACCGCUACAACCCUUGAAUCCACACCUGUCACAGAAAAGUCUCUCGAAACAACAGAGGCAACAGCCACUGCGAAACCGACCACAACAACCACAAUCACAGGGAAACCCAGUACCACUACAUCUCUUGAAUCCACAACAGUCACAGAAAAGCCCUCUGGAACAACAGGAGCAACAACCACCACAAAGCCUGCCACAACAACAACCAUAGUCACUGAAAAACCCACCACAACUACAGCGACCGCAAAACCUUUGACAACAACGACAAUCACAGAGAAACCUACUGCCACUACAACUUUUGAAUCCACAACAGUCACAGAAAAGCCCUCUGGAACAACAGCAGAAACAACCACUACAGUAACAGAAAACACUAGCACAACAACAACUACAGAAAAACCUACCACAACAACCUUGGAAGUUGUUACAAACACAGUACAAUACAGUACUACAGCAGCACAAUCAGCAAAACCUCUUGUUGAAAUUACAACUACAACAGUCACAGAAAAACCCUCUGGAACAACAGCAGCAGUAACAACGGCAAGACCUUCCACAACAUCCACAAUCACAGAAAGACCCACUACCACUACAUCUCUUGAAUCCACAACAGUCACAGAAAAGCCCUCAGGAACAACAGAGGCAACAACCACUGCAAAACUUGUCACAACAACCACAAUCACAGAAAAACCCAGCACUACUACAACCCUUGAAUCCACAACAGAAAAACUCUUUGGAACAACAGCAGCAACAACUAUGGCAAAACUUGCCACAACAAUCACAGAAAAACCCACAACCACUACAGUGACUGCAAAACCUUCCACAACAACCACAAUCACAGAAAAUCCCAGUACCACUACCUCUCUUGAAUCCACAACAGAAAAUCCCACCACCGCUACAACCCUUGAAUCCACACCUGUCACAGAAAAGUCUCUCAAAACAACAGAGGCAACAGCCACUGUGAAACCCACCACAACAACCACAAUCACAGAAAGUCCCACUACCACUACAACCCUUGAAUCCACAACAGAAAAACUCUCUGGAACAACAGCAGCAACAACCACCGCAAAACUUGCCACAACAACCACAAUCACAGAAAAACCCACUACCGCUACAAUCCUUGAAUCCACACCUGUCACCGAAAAGUCUCUCGAAACAACAGAGGCAACAGCCACUGCGAAACCGACCACAACAACCACAAUCACAGAAAGUCCCACUACCACCACAACCCUUGAAUCCACAACAGAAAAACUCUCUGGAGCAACAGCAGCAACAACCACCGCAAAACUUGCCACAACAACCACAAUCACAGAAAAACCCACUACCGCUACAACCCUUGAAUCCACACCUGUCACAGAAAAGUCUCUCGAAACAACAGAGGCAACAGCCACCGCAAAACCGACCACAACAACCACAAUCACAGAAAGUCCCACUACAAACCUUGAAUCCACAACAGAAAAACUCUUUGGAACAACAGCAGCAACAACCAUGGCAAAACUUGCCACAACUACAAUCACAGAAAAACCCACAACCACUACAGUGACUGCAAAACCUUCCACAACAACCACAAUCACAGAAAAACCCAGUACCACUACAUCUCUUGAAUCCACAACGGAAAAACCCACUACCACGACAAGUCUUGAAUCCACAACUGUCACAGAAAAGGUCUCUGGAACAACAGCAGCAACAACCACCGCAAAACUUGCCACAACAACCACAAUCACAGAAAAACCCACUACCGCUACAACCCUUGAAUCCACACCUGUCACAGAAAAGUCUCUCGAAACAACAGAGGCAACAGCCACUGCGAAACCGACCACAACAACCACAAUCACAGGGAAACCCAGUACCACUACAUCUCUUGAAUCCACAACAGUCACAGAAAAGCCCUCUGGAACAACAGGAGCAACAACCACCACAAAGCCUGCCACAACAACAACCAUAGUCACUGAAAAACCCACCACAACUACAGCGACCGCAAAACCUUUGACAACAACGACAAUCACAGAGAAACCUACUGCCACUACAACUUUUGAAUCCACAACAGUCACAGAAAAGCCCUCUGGAACAACAGCAGAAACAACCACUACAGUAACAGAAAACACUAGCACAACAACAACUACAGAAAAACCUACCACAACAACCUUGGAAGUUGUUACAAACACAGUACAAUACAGUACUACAGCAGCACAAUCAGCAAAACCUCUUGUUGAAAUUACAACUACAACAGUCACAGAAAAACCCUCUGGAACAACAGCAGCAGUAACAACGGCAAGACCUUCCACAACAUCCACAAUCACAGAAAGACCCACUACCACUACAUCUCUUGAAUCCACAACAGUCACAGAAAAGCCCUCAGGAACAACAGAGGCAACAACCACUGCAAAACUUGUCACAACAACCACAAUCACAGAAAAACCCAGCACUACUACAACCCUUGAAUCCACAACAGAAAAACUCUUUGGAACAACAGCAGCAACAACUAUGGCAAAACUUGCCACAACAAUCACAGAAAAACCCACAACCACUACAGUGACUGCAAAACCUUCCACAACAACCACAAUCACAGAAAAUCCCAGUACCACUACCUCUCUUGAAUCCACAACAGAAAAUCCCACCACCGCUACAACCCUUGAAUCCACACCUGUCACAGAAAAGUCUCUCAAAACAACAGAGGCAACAGCCACUGUGAAACCCACCACAACAACCACAAUCACAGAAAGUCCCACUACCACUACAACCCUUGAAUCCACAACAGAAAAACUCUCUGGAACAACAGCAGCAACAACCACCGCAAAACUUGCCACAACAACCACAAUCACAGAAAAACCCACUACCGCUACAAUCCUUGAAUCCACACCUGUCACCGAAAAGUCUCUCGAAACAACAGAGGCAACAGCCACUGCGAAACCGACCACAACAACCACAAUCACAGAAAGUCCCACUACCACCACAACCCUUGAAUCCACAACAGAAAAACUCUCUGGAGCAACAGCAGCAACAACCACCGCAAAACUUGCCACAACAACCACAAUCACAGAAAAACCCACUACCGCUACAACCCUUGAAUCCACACCUGUCACAGAAAAGUCUCUCGAAACAACAGAGGCAACAGCCACCGCAAAACCGACCACAACAACCACAAUCACAGAAAGUCCCACUACAAACCUUGAAUCCACAACAGAAAAACUCUUUGGAACAACAGCAGCAACAACCAUGGCAAAACUUGCCACAACUACAAUCACAGAAAAACCCACAACCACUACAGUGACUGCAAAACCUUCCACAACAACCACAAUCACAGAAAAACCCAGUACCACUACAUCUCUUGAAUCCACAACGGAAAAACCCACUACCACGACAAGUCUUGAAUCCACAACUGUCACAGAAAAGGUCUCUGGAACAACAGCAGCAACAACCACCGCAAAACUUGCCACAACAACCACAAUCACAGAAAAACCCACUACCGCUACAACCCUUGAAUCCACACCUGUCACAGAAAAGUCUCUCGAAACAACAGAGGCAACAGCCACUGCGAAACCGACCACAACAACCACAAUCACAGAAAGUCCCACUACCACUACAACCCUUGAAUCUACAACAGAAAAACUCUUUGGAACAACAGCAGCAACAACCAUGGCAAAACUUGCCACAACUACAAUCACAGAAAAACCCACAACCACUACAGUGACUGCAAAACCUUCCACAACAACCACAAUCACAGAAAAACCCAGUACCACUACAUCUCUUGAAUCCACAACAGAAAAACCCACUACCACGACAAGUCUUGAAUCCACAACUGUCACAGAAAAGGUCUCUGGAACAACAGCAGCAACAACCACCGCAAAACUUGCCACAACAACCACAAUCACAGAAAAACCCACUACCGCUACAACCCUUGAAUCCACACCUGUCACAGAAAAGUCUCUCGAAACAACAGAGGCAACAGCCACUGCGAAACCGACCACAACAACCACAAUCACAGAAAGUCCCACUACCACUACAACCCUUGAAUCCACAACAGAAAAACUCUCUGGAACAACAGCAGCAACAACCACGGCAAAACUUGCCACAACUACAAUCACAGAAAAACCCACUACCACUACAGUGACUGCAAGACCUUCCACAACAACCACAAUCACAGAAAGUCCCACUACCACUACAUCACUUGAAUCCACAACAGUCACAGAAAAGCCCUCUGGAACAACAGCAGAAACAACCACAGCCCAACCUCCCACAACCACCACAGUAACAGAAAAACCCUCCACAACAAAGUCCACUCUUGAAACUACUACUGUGACGCCUUCAUCUAUUCAGUCUUCAACACCAGGCAGAACAACUGUUUGUUUAUGCGUCUACAACGGUGCAACAUUCUUUCCUGGUAACUUAAUCUACAACAUGACUGAUAAAAACGGGUGGUGUUACACUGCGUAUUGCAAUGUGACAUGCAAUGUUGAAAAGCAUUCCAUACCAUGUCAGUCUACUACUCUGCCACCUCCUGUGAUUACCACAACAAGUUCUGGCACUACAACACCCAUUAGCCAAACAACAACCACAGGGGAACCGCCCACAGACUGCUCAUAUCUUAUUCCACCAAGGAAGCAUGGUGAAACUUGGAGUUCGAACAACUGCACCACAGAAACAUGUGACAAAGGUAAAGUAAUCAUAGUACAUGUACCAUGCAAACCGGCACCUAAACCUGCUUGUGAAAAUGGACACCAACCAGUUCGAGUUUAUGAUGAAACGGGCUGCUGUUUCCAAUAUGAAUGCCAAUGUAUUUGCUCUGGAUGGGGAGAUCCUCAUUAUGUCACAUUUGAUGGCAAAUAUUACAGCUUCCAGCAAAACUGUACAUACAUCCUGAUCAAAGAGAUCAACAUCAAAUACAAUUUUACAGUUCUCAUUGACAAUGAAAACUGUGAUGCCUCUGGAACUGUGACCUGUGUUAAAGCCUUGACUGUGCUGUACAAAAGCUAUACAGUGAUUCUUACACAGCAGAGAAUACCGAAGACUGUAACCAUGGUGUCCAUCAACGGCAAGCGGGUAAUCCCAAGCUACUCUAAUAAAGACCUCAACGUCACAAGUACAGGAAUCGAGGUGCAUUUGAGCAUCCCGGAAAUUAAAGCACGUGUGAUGUUCAAAGGGAUUUCUUUCUUCGUUAAAUUGCCGUUUUCUCUUUUCCACAACAACACUGAGGGACAGUGUGGAAACUGUGACAAUGACCAGAAAAAUGACUGCAGAUUACGAAAUGGCAUGAUUCAUCCGUCAUGCUUUGAUAUGGCCCGUGACUGGCAAAUACAUAAUAUCACAAAGCCAUACUGUGAAAAGGUGCCUUCUCCAAUCCCAACAGUACCAGCGACAUCACCAAAACCAUGCCAACCUGAAAUUUGUGAAAUUUUGAUGAGCACGGUAUUUAAGGAAUGCCACAAAGUAAUUGAUCCAAAUCCAUUUUAUGAGGCCUGCAAAUAUGAUGUUUGCCACAUGUCAAAUCCCAACAUGAGUUGUUCCAGUAUGGAGACGUAUGCCUCAGGGUGUGGUGAGGUAUCUGUCUGUGUGGACUGGAGGAAUGCCACUAAGGGAGAAUGUGAGCAUAAAUGUCCAGGAGAUAAAGUCUACAAGCCUUGUGGGCCGGAGGUUGAACCAACUUGCAAUGAGAGAUACAAUAAAAAGUACACCCACCAAUGUCAAGAGGAAGAAGGUGACCAGAUCAAAGUUUGUGGUGGAUUCACAGAGGGAUGUUUCUGCCCAGAGGGAAUGACGUUGUUUAGUUCAGCUACCGACACAUGUGUCACCUCCUGUUGUACUGGACCUGAUGGCCAACCUAAACAGCUUGGAGACACAUGGGAGACCGACUGUCACCACUGUGUUUGUGAUGAGGACAGCCUGAGUGUUCAGUGUGAGCCUGUCAUGUGUCCUACGCAAAAACCAAUCACCUGUACCAAGGAAGGACAGGUGUUGGUGAACCGCACAGUGGACUGCUGCCAGAGCCUAACAUGUGAGUGUGAUAAGAACAGCUGUUCAUCGCAAAAACCGAAGUGCGACUUGGGAUUUGAGUUGGAGAUCCUUAUAUCAAAUGAUAGUUGCUGCCCCGUUCACCACUGUGUACCCAAAGGUGUCUGUGUCUUCAACAACACUGAGUACAAGCCUGGUGCAGAGUUCUCAAAACGCCCGUGCAAACAUUGCCACUGCACUGAAAUUCAGGAUCCCAGCACGAAGCUCAACAAGUUUCGGUGUUCUCAGAUUCAGUGUUCUUCCUGUCCACAGGGCUUUCUGCACGAAGUUCAACCCGAUAAAUGUUGCGCAUGUGUUCAGACACAUUGUGUUUUGGACGUCGACUCUCCAUCUCCUGUAAUUAUUAAGCCCUCUCAGUCUUGGUCGCCACCGAAUGACAACUGUACCAAGUACGACUGCAGGAAAGUGAAUGAUAGUUUCAUAACCUCUGCAAACCAAACAACGUGUCCGGAAUAUGAUCCAGAGAACUGUGUUCCAGGAACUGAGAAGAGUGACAUGAAUGGUUGUUGCAAAACUUGUACUCCUCGUUUCAACUGUCUGGUGAGAAAGAAAACCACCUACCUGAAGAUGAAGAACUGCGAGUCAGUUGCAGUGGAACUCGGAACCUGUGAAGGAUCCUGUGGAGCAUCUUCAUCAAUGUACUCAGCGGAAAGCAACGCUAUGAUGCAUUCCUGUUCCUGCUGUCAAGAAAUGAAAGUCAGCAACAAGACGGUGGAGAUGAAAUGCUCCGAUGGCAUCAUGAGAACAUACACUUACAUUUCAGCUGACAAGUGUGGCUGCAAAGUCGCUGAAUGUGAAAAGCAAGGAUUAGUGUAAAAACCGUGAAAAGGCAAAACCGACAACCGAGCUUGACUGAAGGGAAAAUCUGACGAAUAUGUUUUGGCAAUUCCUAUCCAAAAUUAUCAGACAAUAAAAAUACUUAAUAUGUGAAACAGAGCCAAAUAAGUGGAACCUUUUAAACAGCAAAAGUGUUCUGGUCUGAAAUGUUCUCUUUUAACUAGUGCAUUAUACGUUCACAACAGCUGUCAACACUUUCUCAUCUAUUGUCUGGGAGGCAUAAUGUCCCACGAUAACAGCACAUAUUUGAGUAAUGGUUUUGUCUUCUAACUUUUGAAGAAGCAAUUGCUUUAAACACUGUAAAAUUUUGUGUUUCAGCCUUAAAGGGUGUUUUUUUCCUCCUUUUACUAUUAAUGAUAGAGAGAUAUGGCUUCAGAUAUACAGUACAUACGAUAGCAAUACUCUUUCUUUGGUUUGGGAAAAGAGAUUAGAUUUGUGCCGAAUUAUGACAAAUUUUAAACAUGGAUUGGAAUUUUAAAUUAGUAUUGAUAGUAAAAUUAUGUAACAAUGCUUUGAGCAUGUAAAAAGAAGUGUUUAAAGAAUGUCUAAGUUUUCUAUGUCUAAUAUGUGGUGUUUCAAAUGUCUUUCUUUAGUGUCUUUAAAACUCAGGUUUACUGAU